GCGAGACCUACCACACAGGCACCACCUCGCAUAUACCCAGCCUGCCGCCCAGGAUCUUUCUUAAUCUACCACUCCGCUUAACAAACGAGGCUCUGCGAUCAAGCACCAGUGUUUCUUCUAUACCGAUUCUUCCUAUCACCUAUCCAAUCACCUUUCCAAGGAUUGCCGGGAUCUCCAGGGAGCAGGAUGGCGGGCGUACCCAGCAUAGACGACCCCUCACAUCUUUCGAGGGGAUACGGCGACAACUCGCACCUGAGCGUCGGUGUGAACGACUUUGCGACAGGCGGUAGGCAGCAAGAGCGCUUGGGCAGAUUUGAGGAAGACUUCGAUGCGCGCACCAGGGGUUCUUCCGUGCUCGACGGCGACGAUGUGCCACAGCGCUCAGCGUCCAGGGUCUCGUCGACCCUGCGAGAAUCUACCAUAAAUCAAGGCUCGACACCUUCGCGCAGUGGAACGCUCAAGAAGAAGGGCUCAGUGAAGAGGAGUGGCAGUCUGAAACGCAGCGGGAGCAGGAAGAGCCAGCACGCAGGCAGCAUCCGUGGCGUGGCGAUUGACGACCAGGAACAUGGUUAUGACCGCGAGGACAGCGUGUUCUACACCCCUGUACCCACCAAGGGCUCUCCAACCGACGUCUUGGCUGACCGGUUCCAAACCUGGCGCAAGUUCCUCAAAGACUUGAUCACGUACUUUCGAGAGGUCUCGUCUUCCUAUGAGCACCGCGCUAAGUCGCUGCUCAAGGUGUCCAACGUGAUCAACAACACCAAUGCGCCGGCGUCACUGCUCAGCGACGGUGGCUUGAACGAUGCGAACCGUUUCCUCCGUGACUUCCACAAGCAAGCUAUCGUCGAAGCCAACAAAGCUAGGGACAUCGAGGCAGACGUGAUCAACCAGCUCAGCGGGCUUCGCGCGGAUCUUGCGCAGAAGAUCAAGGAGAUCAAGUCCCUAUCUGGCGACUUCAAGAACAACGUCGAGAAGGAGAAAGAGAACACACGCAAAUGUGUGACAGCUCUUGAGGAAGCUCUCGCAGUCAUUGACUCCGACCCCUCAGCAAUCGCCGGUAAGGGCGAUCCAUACGUUGUGCGUCUGGGCGUGGAGCGCCAGGUUGAACGCCAGAUCGACGAGGAAAACUACCUGCACCGAGCCUACCUCAACCUUGAGAAUUCUGGACGCGAGCUUGAGUCUAUUAUCGUAGGCGAGAUUCAGAAAGCCUACAACGCCCUCGCCAGCAUCCUCAAGCGUGACGCAGACGAAAUGUACGCCACAGUCGAGAAGCUUCGCAGUGGGCCGAUAGCGAUGCCCAGAGACCAAGAAUGGGGUCGUUUUGUCCGCAGUGACUCUCACUUCGUCAACCCUGACCUGCCUCUUCGCAGGUUGGAAGAGAUUGAGUAUCCUGGAAAGCACCAUCCAGCUACCACGGAAGUCAGAGCUGGCAUGCUCGAGAGGAAGAGCAAAUACCUGAAGAGCUACACGCCUGGAUGGUAUGUUUUGUCGCCGACCCACAUCCACGAGUUCAAAUCCGCCGAUCGUAUCUAUACCCAGCCGCCAGUGAUGUCCCUGUACUUGCUAGACCAGAAGCUUGGCUCUCGCUCCCAACCCGGUAGCUCCUCGCACAAGUUCGUAAUCAAGGGUCGCCAGGCCGGAUCGAUGCACCGCGGACACACCUGGGUUUUCCGCGCCGAGACCUACGAGACCAUGAAUGCCUGGUACGAUGAUAUCAAGACCUUGACCGAGAAGAGCGGCGAGGAACGGAAUGCCUUCGUGCGCCGACAUGCCAGCGUCAGGAGCGCCAGCGCCGGUAGUGCGCGAUCUGCCAGUUCCGAUGGUGGCCUUGAGGAAGAUGAGGCAGAUGCUGUGCCAUACUCUGCAAAUCAGUCGAUGGUCAGCCAACCUAGGGAGCAACCGCCGACUAGACCUUCUCCAGGUGGGCGAUUUCCUUCGGAUCUUGCGGUCAACCGUCACUUACAUGAACCUCUCUCACCAUCUAGUGGUAGCUCAGACCUCGGACAUGAUAUAACCACCGCUUCUGGAGGGCCGUUACAGCACGACGUGCACCCAAUGUACCUCGCAAACUCGGCGAACCAGCAACCCGUGCAACCAUACCAACAGGCCCGAGAUUCUACGUAUACAAGUUCUCAACCUGCCCAGCAACAUCAUGAGCCUUCGUACAUGAACGCCCAGCCUACACAUCAAUACCACCAAGACAACAUAUACUCCGACCCAUACACUUCUGACUACGGCAAUCUGCCAGACCAGUCUCACGGUCAACGCGAGAUGGCCUACGCCAACCCUUCCAACAAUCAGAUCCAGCCUUCUUUUACCCAGCCAACGGAGGUAUCGCCUAUCGAGCGUCACGACAGCAACUACGGCACAUGGCUGGCUCCAGCUGCUGGCGGAGUAGCUGCAGGUGCACUUGCUGGUGAAGCUUACCGCCGCCACCAGAACAAGGAGGUGGAGCCAGCGCAGCAGCCUCAGGGCACAGAGCAGCAGUACCAGUCACCCGCAGUUGAUCAGCGCGGUGUCCCCUUUGAUGAUCUGACUGGUGGAACGCAGGCUCAGCCUCAGCACCCUGUCGAUGAUUUCACAGGCGGCACUCAAGCACAGCUUCAGUAUGGAAACGCAACCACCGUCCCGCAGCCGUCUUCUGAUCACGUAGCCUUUGGACACACAAUCCACCCCGCCACCAUCAUCGCUCAUCAGAAUGAACGCGGUCCGGAAAGUGGUGCCGCUACACCGCCUCCCAACAACGACAACACCACCUCGUCUUUUUUAGGUGAGGCUGAGGCAGUGUCCGCCGUUUCCUCAGGCCAGACUGUGAACGGCGGAGUUGUACCUGUUGCAUUGAUUGAAACAGCAGAGAAGCAAGCCUUCCCCUUCCCUACCUCUGGUCAGACCGUGAACGGUGGACCUGUGCCUGUUGAGUUGAUUGAGACUGCUGAGAAAUUUCCUGGCGUUCACCGCACGAACACAGACAUUAGUGUGUCUGACCUACACGUGCCCGGCGAAUUCCCAAAGGUGCCAGCAACGCCAAGAACCUCAAAUGGAACGUUUUUCGGUCACGCAGACCGUUUCUGAUUUUUUCUGUCCCGUCUCUGGGGUUUUGGUUUGUGGUCAUGCGUUAUGUGUCUAUGCGAAAUGAGGAGGGAAUUUAGGUGGGUGUUUCAAACGGGCUGUGUGGAGAAGAAAGGUUCAUCUGGGUCAUGUCGUGUUUGAACUGCUGCGAUGCGUGUGUUUUCUGUUUUCUUCUGCUUGCCCUUCCUGUCUUCUUGAUACCCGCGCACUAGGCGCGACACCAGCUUUUCUGUACAUAAUACUCGUCCAAUAAUCUACCUGACUUCCUGCAUAGCGUAGAAGCCCAUCUCG